AUGUACCCUGAGAAGCGCCAUUGGGGUAGCCAGCUUGUGCACCAGCACCGACGUAAAACAUCAUCAAGGCAGACAGGAGGGGAGCGGGGCCGGCUGAACGCUGCUGUAGGCCUGGGAUUCACGGAGGAGCCGAGGAGGAGGUGCCCUGAGGAGCAGGUGGCCCUGGCACAGCCCCAGUCCCUCCUCCCGUGGCUCCAGUGGCUCCAUGCUGCCCAGGGGCGGGCGGACGCUGGGGUGCUGCCGGGCCCUCCUGGGGCUCCGCAGCUGGUGGGCGCCUGCCCAGCUCCGAACCCGGUGCUGCGCCCUUAUGGAGCAACUCGCUGCGCUGCUUCUCCUGGCGCUAAUCACACUUCUCACUCAGGACUUCUCUUUUAUAAGGUUACUGCUGCCAACACUUUUUCUCAUGAAGUUGAAAAUUUCCAUUUAGGACAAGCUAUCCAAAAGAAGACUACUCAGUGGCUAGAUCCUUAUCAAUUGGAUGGUCUACAUCCUCUACGGCGUACAAAAAGGACAUGGGUUAUCACCACCAUUGUUGUUCAAGAGGAAGAAAAAGGACCAUUCCCAAAAUAUGCUGGACAGCUGUUCAAUAACAAAGCAUUUAAUGCAUCAGUACGAUAUUUAAUCAGUGGACCUGGGGUAGAUGAAUAUCCAGAGAUUGGAUUGUUUUCUAUAGAGGAUGAUGUAAAUGGACAUGUAUAUGUACAUCGUACCAUUGACAGAGAAAAGACUCCAUCUUUUCAGGUACGUUUCGAUGUUGUGCACAGAAAAAAUGCUGAACUAUUGGACCGACCUUUAUUUUUCAAGAUUAAGGUUAAAGAUGUUAAUGAUAAUGCACCUGAGUUUUCCAAGAAAGAAUUUAACAUUACAAUAAGAGAGAACCACAGUAAAGAUGAGCCAGUCUUCCAAGUUACUGCCUCGGACAAAGAUGAAGGAGGCACCGAUAAUUCUCAAGUGUCCUAUUCUCUAAUUAUGCAAAUGCCCAUUCUAGAUGGAUUCACAUAUAAUAUUGACCCUACCACAGGUUUGAUACUCCUGUCUGGAUGCCUAAAUUAUGAGAUUGCUAGUUUUUUUAAACUUCUGGUUGAAGCCAGUGACCACGGAGUCCCCCAGCAGUCAUCUACGGCAACAGUGAAUGUAGCUAUUGAAGAUGCAAACAACCACCUCCCUGUAUUUAUUAACGAUCAUUACCAGCUACAGAUUUCAGCAGGCCAAGAACAUCCAGCUGCAUUACGGCUCCAAGUGGAAGAUAAAGACUCUGCCAACACUCCAGCUUGGAGAGCAAAAUACAACAUAACAAAAGGCAAUGAGAAGAAACAUUUUGCCAUUAUGACUGAUCCAGAAACAAACGAUGGCAUUUUGAGUAUCGUUAAGCCUCUCAUCUUCGAAGAGAAUUCUGAAAAGAGACUUGUCAUUUCUGUAGAAAAUGAAGAACCUUUCUUCUCAUGUAAAAAUGGCAAAGUGAUGAUCUCCAGCACAGAAUCCAUGAAUGUAACUGUGAACAUCAAGGUCUUAAAAUCACAACAUGCUCCUCAGUUUCACCCUCCUAUACUUGUUGUCCAAAAAGAAGAUCCGGUGAAGCCUGGAACAGUAUUCAGAAGAUAUCUUGCUAAAUAUCCAGAUAAUACACCAAGGAAGAUAAAAUAUGAACUAGCUCAUGAUCCAGCUGGUUGGGUGAAAGUGAAUGAAAACUCUGGAGUCCUUACUGUGGCAAAAGAAUUUGAUCAAGAAUCACCUUAUGUGAACGAUAGUCUAUAUACCAUUAUUGUUCAGGCUGUUGAUGAUGGUAUUCCACCACAGACUGGUACUGGCACCAUCCUCCUUUACUUGUCUGACAUUAAUGAUCGCAUGCCAGCAUUAGUGACUCCUUCUUUAGAUCUGUGUGACCAAAAAGAAAGGACACCUCUCAUUAUAAAAGCUAAGUCUGCUCUGGUUCAGAAUGUGAAUGGACCAUUUACAUUUGAACUGGCUGAGGACUCUGAAGAUGUGAAGCAUAACUGGAAAUUAGGAAGGAACUUUGGGGAGUCGGUUGAGCUAUUAAUGUUAAGAAGACUCCCACAAGGUAGUUACUUGGUGCCAUUCAUUAUUCAGGAUGGGCAAGGAUUUUCUACAAGGCAGAAUCAACAUGUAAGGCUCUGUGUUUGCCCAGAUGGGUAUACAUGUGCAGAUUCACCACGUUCACAAGUGAGACUUGGAGGCAAUGCCAUUGCAGUAAUGCUGAUAGCUCUCCUAUUAUUACUGGUUUCCAGUAUUCUACUUUGUCGGUUUUAUGCAUCAGGAUCCAAAGGCAAAGCCAGUCUUCCACCUCAGGAAGGUGAACAGACUUUAAUCACCUAUAACGAAGAGAACAGAAAGCCUUUGUCUCAGGCUAAGCUAGACACUACAGAUUAUGUCACUCUACUGCCUGUGUCUACAGAAGUUGGAAAAGUGACUGUCAAGGAUGGUUUGUACACUAGAUACAACAAGACCUCCCAAACAAGGUAUCUUCAUCACACCCUACAGACAGUGGACAAAAUACUGGAUCAGAAAUUGUGCGACCAAAACAGACUGGAAGAUGAUGGGCACAGCUAUGAACCUUGCAUAUAUGCUGAGGAAGGAGAACCAGAGAGAAGCAGCUCCUUCCACUCUCUCUCUAUUGUCAGUGAGGAAUUGCCUUGGGAUUUUUUGCAAACUCUGGGGCCAAAAUUUUCUGCUCUGGAUAAAAUCUGCCAGUAG